AAGAGACCGGAAGUGACCGCCCAACACCUCCGCUUCCAGCAUCUAUAAAAUCAGAGCCACUUCACACACACUCUCACACACACACACACACACACACACAUACAUACCCACGGACAUUCUCACAGACGCUGAGAGCUCACACAUCAGCUCGUACUCCAGGUUCCUGUCGAGAUGAGGAGCUCCGUGUGUCUCCUCCUGCUCUCAGCGUAUGUCCUGUUCACAUGCUCCUCAGCACAGAAAAGCUGCAGUGGCCGAUGUGGAGAAGCGUAUAUCCGAGGCAAUGCGUGUCAGUGUGAUUACGAGUGUCUCUCACACAACGAGUGCUGCAGAAACUAUGAAUCUGUUUGCACUGAAAGAGGCUCCUGUAAAGGCCGAUGUGGUGAGCGUUUUAAGCGAGGGAGACAGUGUCACUGUGAUAUCGAGUGUGUUAAAUACAGACAGUGCUGUCCAGACUAUGAGACCCAGUGCACCACUGAGGAUUCCUCAGUGGAAGAAGAAUACAGUGAGUUUGAGGUCACCACUCCUCUGUAUGACAUGGCAACUGAAGCUGAAAGCGGUAACAAGCCUUCUCCCUAUGACACUCCUGAGCUUUUGGACCCAUUUCAAAAUCAAGUGGCACCACUUCCUUACCCGUAUGAUUUCGGAACAGUGCCAAGUAUAAUCGGUUCUCCUUUGCCUGACAAUGACCCUGAAAAAUCUCAGGAUAGCUCUGAACCUGAGCAGCUUUCUCCUGACAACUCAGCUCCUAAUAUUCCUCCAACAUCAACUAUGCUGGCUGUCACCCAGCAACCAUCAGAACAGUACACAACUACCACAAGCCCCUCAGACAUCACACCUGCAUCCAAACACACUGACCCGAAUGCAGAACCAAAAAUCACGGAAGCACAUGAUAAUCCUGAAAUACCUCCUUCUAAUUCAACUGUCAAUCCUCAGUCUGACUCUGAACUGGAUCGACUUCCUGAACUAGAUCGACUUCCUGAUCUGGAUCAACUUUCUGAACUGGAUCAACUUCCUGAAGAGGAUCAACUUUCUGAACAGGAUCGACUUCCUAACAAUGCAUCAGUUCCCACUGUUCCUCCUAAUCUGGCUUCAACUAAACCAAAUUCCACACCAAUGUCUAACCAAAGUGCUACACAAAACUCUGAGAGUACCUCAGAGCCCAAACCCACACCUUCAGACCUUAAGCCUUCUACUCCUGUUCAAUCAGAUGAUAAACUUGAUCCAGAGGUAAGUCUGGAGAAUCAGACAGAUGCUCAGUUGGAACCCAGUAAAAACACAACCCCAGGAACCCUGGAAAUCGAGAAAAUGGUCUCGACAGACAAACCUAACAUUGAGAAAAUGACAGAAUCACAAAAUGAAAACUUGGAUAUAAACAACAUUCUUUCUACAAAGCAUUCUCCAACUUACCCUGCCUUAAUAGAAACAACCCCUGCUUCCAACAUAGCUAUCCCUUCUCCAACUAAAGUGCAAGAAAAACCCACUAAACCUAUAGACACUAACAACAAUCUUCAGGACCUUCAGGAUUAUCAAGCAGAUGCCAACAGUGACUCUAAUCUCUGCAGUGGUCGUCCAGUUAAUGGCUUGACUACGCUUAGGAAUGGCACUAUUGUGGUUUUCCGAGGCCACUACUUUUGGAUGCUGGACUCUAGACGAAAAGCUGGACCUGCUCAUUUGAUCACAGACUUUUGGGGAGUCCCUUCACCCAUUGACACAGUCUUCACACGCUGUAACUGCCACAGCAAGACCUACAUCUUCAGGGGGGAUAAAUACUGGAGGUUUGAAAAUGACGUCAUGGAUGCCGGCUUUCCCAAACCCAUCAGUGAGGGCUUCGGGGUUAAGGAUCACAUCGUGGCAGCUUUAUCCAUGCCUCAGUACAGGAGCAGGACGGAGUCUGUGUUGUUCUUUAAAAAAGGUGGACUGGCUCAGAGAUACAGCUACUACAACACACCUAACUGUGGCAGCAAGGCAGCUGCAGUCAUAGUAAAGAGGAGAUUCAGAAAGGCAGCAGACCCUGCUCUUGGUCCACAGAUCGACAUUAGGAAGAUGUGGGUAGGCUUCCCACCCAUGGUGACAUCAGCCGUGUCAGUCCACACUACAGGAGGAGAUGGAUACAAAUACUACAUGUUCUCCCCGACCAAGUACUACAGUUUAAAGAUGGAAGGCGACACUCCGGUCAUUCUCACUCCUAAAGCUGGCCCAGAAAAGCAAAAAUCAGCCAAAAGUUGGUUCAGAUGCCAAGAGACAAGCAAGAUGUAGAACAUACUGUGCCAUUUAAAAUGAGGACUGUGUGCACCAACCUUUUUAUUAUAGAAUUGAAUUAUUGCUGUAAAACACUGAGGGUGUGUUCACAGUGAGACUCUUUCAAAGUUUAAUGCUUUAUUUACCCGACCAAUCAAGUCACAGUUUAUAGGGCAUAUGAGAAAAAAACAGACUGAAUAAUGAUAUUUAUGACAUCCUAAUAAACUAAUAUUUAUUACAGAUAGUAAUAAAUUUAAGCAAGAAGCAAGUCAGACUAGUUAGAUACUGACUAGGACUGGCAAGAUUGUGGUAUGAUGUGUGAAAAGUGCCUCUUUUUUUGAUUAUAUCUGCAGCAUGUUUCCUAUUCAUUGAGUUUUCUGCCUUGUGUAAAGGCAGCUUAAAAAAAUAAAUAAAAAUCAUUUUGUACCAAAAUUUCUUUAUUAUAUCCACAUAAAAUAUAGCAACGCUUUAGGGUCAGCAUAAAUGCUUAAAUGAAACACAAAUGGUUGAAAAAUCUGAACUUGAGAAUGAUCACAGCUCUAGUAGAACAGCGUGUCGACAGUGAUGGAGUAACAACUGGAACAUCUCAGGAUUCAUCUGGCAAAGCGCCUUCGCACUCCCAUAACUCCUGAUCCAUCUGACGUAAGAAACAGGAUGAAGCACUGUGACUCUGCUGUUCACACGAUGUCCAGUAAAUGCUUUUUAAUACUUUCUCAAUUAUUUCUAAUAAAAUUGCACCAAUGUUCA